AUGCUCGCUUCGCACGGACUCAGCAGCUCGGACGCCGCUGCGCGCCUGGCCGAGUGCGGGCCAAACCAAGUCGACGCGGGCGAGCGCGUCUCGGCGUGGUCGAUCCUGCUGCGGCAGGUGGCCAAUGCGCUGACGCUCGUCCUCGUCGGCGCAAUGGCGCUCUCGUUUGGCGUGCGCGACUACGUCGAGGGCGUCGUCGUCACCGCUGUCAUCUUGCUCAACGUCACCCUCGGCUUUGCGCAGGAGUGGAAGGCGGAACGCACCAUGGCCAACCUGCGGACGCUCAGCAGCCCCACGGUGCGAGUCGUGCGCGACGGCGAAGAGCGGACGGUUAAAUCAGUCGAACUCGUCCCCGGCGACCUGGUCCUUUUUGCGGCUGGCGACCUGCUCCAAGCGGACGUGCGUAUCGUCUCGACGAGCAACGUCGAAGUCGAUGAGGCUAGCUUGACGGGCGAGUCCCUCCCCGUCGUCAAGAUCGUUGAUGCAAUUCAAGACGACAAGGCCCAGCUCGGUCCCGGGGACCAGUUCAAUCUCGGCUUUGCAUCCACCACCGUCACAAAGGGAAGAGGCAAGGGCAUCGUCGUCGCGACCGGCAUGAACACGCAGCUCGGCCGCAUCGCCGCGGCGAUGCAGGCGCGCAGCAGUAAGCCGGCCUCUUCGUCUGACCCAGCGGCCACCGGGCCCGUCACGCGCGCAUGGCGGCUCCUUUGCACCAAGGCCUCCGCAGCGUGGGAGCCCACGGCCAAGUUCCUCGGCCUGCGUGAUGGCACACCACUGCAGAUCCGCCUGAACAAGUUUGCGUACAUCUUGCUUACCAUCGCCGUCGUCUGCGCCAUCGUCGUCUUUGCCGUCGCCGAGUUCGACAUUGAUGACCAGGUGAUACUGUACGCCAUCGCGCUCGGCAUCGGCGUCAUUCCAGAGAGUCUCGUUGCCGUCUUGACGAUCACUUUCAGCGUCGGUGCGAAGCGCAUGGCUGAGUCGAACGUCAUCGUCCGCAAGCUCUCGGCGCUCGAGUCGCUCGGUGGCAUCGACACGGUGUGCUCGGACAAGACGGGAACCCUGACGACAGGCAAGAUGGUCACUUCCCAAAUUGGCUUUGUUCUUCCGCCUGCUAAUAUGAAAGAUACUACCGCGAGCCAGGUCAACGCAGCUGAAAACCAGGGCGUCACGGUGCUCAAAUAUGGCAUUGAGCGUGCUGCGCAUGCUUUCAUGCCUGUUGGACGACUCCACAUGCCUGCACACGUCCAUGCUCUCACGCUCGCAGCCGCGCUCUGCAACGUCGCGGAGAUCAAGGCCGUUCCCGACAGCCUGGGCCGCGAGGGUACAUGGUCCGCAACGGGCGAUCCAACGGAGAUCGCGCUUCAGGUGUUCAGCAUGAAGCUCGGCAUGAGCAAGGCCUCCUUGCUGGCCGCUCCAGCUUCCGAGGCCGAGACCGAGAAGGAGGAAGAGGCGCCGGGCUUCGUCUUCGCACAAGAGUUCCCAUUCGAUUCGACCAUCAAGCGCGCCACCUUCAUGUAUCACGUCACCUCCAACCCCGAGGGCGGCUACGCGCUCUUCACCAAGGGCGCCGUCGAGCGCGUCAUCGAGAGGUGCUCGCACACCCUGACGAAUGGCUCGGCGCAAGAGAUGAAGCUGACCGAAGGACACAAGGAGGCCAUCAUGCAGCUCAUGGAGCGCAUGGCAUCGCAAGGCCUGCGUGUGCUCGCAUUCGCUCACCGGCACGUUUCUCGCUCUGUCGGAUUUGACAAGGCGCUGAUGGCGAGCAGCGGGAGCGGCGGCGGCGUAAAGCGCGAAGAUGCCGAGACGGACCUGACAUUCAUCGGUCUCGCCGGCAUCUACGACCCCCCACGUCCGGAGACACCCGGAGCGAUCGAGGCAUGCCACACCGCUGGCGUUACCGUACGCAUGCUCACGGGCGACCACAUCGCCACAGCGCGUGCGAUCGCGCGCGAGAUUGGCAUUCUCAAGGGCGACGAGAGCGCUUCGGCUGUCAUGCCGGCACAUCAGUUUGACUCAAUCUCUGACGCCGAGAUCGACAGGUUGCGCGAGCUCCCGCUUGUCCUCGCUCGCUGCUCGCCCGCGACCAAGGUCAAGAUGAUUGCCGCUGCCCAGAGGCGCGGGCAGCAUCUUGCCAUGACUGGCGACGGUAUUAAUGACUCUCCCGCGCUUAAGCGCGCACCGAUUGGCAUAGCCAUGGGCUCGGGCACGCAGAUCGCGCGCGACGUCGCUGAUCUCAUCCUUGUCGACGAUGGCUACGCGUCCAUCGUCAAGGGCAUCGCAGAAGGCAGGACGGUAUUCGACAACAUCCAGCGCUUCUGUAUCGCCCUGCUCGUCGCCAAUGUGGGAGAGGUCAUCUUGCUCCUCGUCGGCCUCGUCUUUCGAGACGCAAACAGAGACUCAAUCUUCCCGCUCUCGCCCGUCGCCAUCCUGUUUUGCAACAUGGUCACUGCCUCCCUGCCCGCCAUCGGCCUCGGAUUGGAGAAGGGUGACGCGGACAUCAUGCUGCGUCCACCGCACAAUGUCAAGGCGGGUGUCUUCAGCACGCAGGUCAUCUCCGACAUGCUUUUCUACGGCUUCACAAUGGGCUGGACGUGUCUCCUCGCCUUCAUCAUCAUGAUCUACCCCGUCGGCGAUGGCGUCCUCGCGGUCGAGUGCAAUGAGCGUCUCGCAGUGGGCUGCGAGGCCGUCUUCCAGGCUCGCGCUGCAGUCUUCACCGCGCUCAUCCUCCAAAACCUCUUCGUCGCCUGGGAGCUUCUUAGCAUGGACCAGUCCCUCUUCACCAUCUCGCCUCACCGCCGUCUCGCGCGCAACCCGAUGCUUUUCUGGUCCGUCAUCUUUGGCAUUUGCACCAUCCCCAUCUGCCUGUACGUGCCCACGUUCAACACGUCCGUCUUCAGGCACUCGCCUCUCUCGGGCGUCGGAUGGGCGGUCGCGCUCGGCAUGACCAUCACCUUCAUCCUUAGCAUUGAGCUCUGGAAGGCGCUCGCGCGCAGAGGCUAUUGGCCUUGGCUCACACGCUACACCGGCGGCACUGUUGGCCGCGCUUCCAAGCCCAAGCAUGGAGACGUGGCUUGA